AUGAGCACUUCUCAAGAAAGGACUUCAGUUGAUUUGAUUUCAUCUAUUGGAACUUUUUCAACUUGUGAGAUAGCUGAUGCGCUUGUAGCUUUACAUUCUCCACAUGGUGGUUAUUUACCUGAUCUCAAUCUUUACUCACCUGAUUCAAAAUCAGAAUCUCCUUUAAAAUUAUGUGGUGAAGCUUUUACAGUCCAGAUUGUUCAUGUUAGUGAUUCUCAAGCAAGACGUCCUAAGGAACACUAUGUAGACGCUGCUGAACCAGGUACAGUGAUAGUGAUCUCAUCUCCUCCCAAUACCAAGAACGCAGUGUGGGGAGGUUUGAUGACUACAAGAGCCCAGUUUCGUGGUGUCAAAGGUGUAGUGAUCGAUGGUAGAUGUCGUGAUUUGGCUGAACAUCGUGAAGUUGGAUUUCCAGUUUUUGCAAGAUCACAUUCUGUUCUAGGGCAAGCUACGUUUACUCGUCCUUCAGUACUUCAAGAACCGAUCACUAUACAUCCCUUAGAUGAAGGUAUACCCCAAGACUCCAAAGCUCAACGUCUUGCACCUGUGACCAUUGAGCCUUAUGAUAUCAUUGUAGGUGAUGAAGAUGGUGUGGUAGUAGUACCCAAAGGAAUGGUUGAACAAGUUAUCAAAGACUGUACAAAGAAUGUUGAGAUUGAUAAGAAGUGUAUGGCUGACCUAAAGGCAGGAAGAAGUAUCAAGGAAACUUUUGCUGAGCAUCGAGAGUUGGUAUUUGCUGAACAUCCAAUCUUAGUAGACUCUGGUAAACCAAGAAUGUACGGAAGUUUGAGUAGUCCUUUCUGA